CACAAAAGAGGGGGGAAAGCCGGGAUCAGGAAUCUUUGCUAAAACUCAACAGUUGCCACCAGGCCGUUGGAGCCCGUCUCGGGAGGGCCACGUGCCGCGCCGAAAAACUCUUUCCACCCCACCCCCAGCCACGAGGUGCUUUCCAGCCCCGCCGCCUCAGGGAGACCGCGCAGCGUUGAGUCAAAGCCGUUUGGAGCCUGCAUGAAAUAUUGGUGGUACUAUAAUUGUGCUUACUCAUAAGUAGUAGCCUUUUACCUCCUCCCCUUUUUUAUGCCGAGUCACUUUUGUUCCAAGAGGGGUGUGACUUCGGGUUCUGCUCCCCUCCCUGUUAGGUCACUUAUUACUUCAGCAGUACUUCAAAUUGGAAUAGAAGUGGUAGCCAACUUCAGACGCCGGCUUUCUGGACAGUUUUAGCAAGACCGGGAUCUUUUUCUUCCGUCCCUUUGUGUAGGCUGGGAGAAGAACUACUUCGUCUUUUUGUACAGGAUCUGGAAGCGGGAGCAAUGGCCAAGUUCUGGUUGUGUGCAGCAGUUGGAUUUUACGUGUUGCAGCUUUGUGCAGCCCGAAUAGAUUUGAAUAUAAGUUGUAGAUAUGCAGGUGUUUUCCAUGUAGAGAAGAAUCAUCGCUACAGCCUUACAAGAGAAGAGGCUGUUGAGCUUUGCAAAGCACUCAAUAGUACCAUCCCAACAUGGGAGCAGAUGGAGAAAGCCUUUACUCUUGGUUUUGAAACUUGCAGAUAUGGUUAUAUAGAAGACAAAAUUGUAGUUCCCAGGCAUACCCCUUAUUUUCUCUGUGCAGCAAACAAUACAGGAAUUUAUGUACUUUCCUCAAAUAUUUCUGAACGAUAUGAUACAUAUUGCUUCAAUUCAUCAGAAUCAGGAGAUGUGAUUUGUGAUCCAGUGAUAAAGUUAUAUUCUGCUUGGCCAAAUAAUGACAGCACUAUUGAAAUUUUCAAUGCUGAUGGGUCACGGUAUGUUGAAGGAAAGAAAGUCACAGAAAGGACACCAGUUACUGAAGAUGAAAGUAGUGUGGGCAGUGGUUCUGCAUUUGGCAGAGGAACAGCAGAUCCCAAUGACAUCACACAAGAGGAUGAUAUCACAACAUUUACAUCAACAUAUGGUAGUGAUGAAGAUCAUCAUUAUCACCUUCAAGGAGAUCCUUCUGAAGAUCAGAGUACCCAAAAUCCUACUGGAGAAAGAUCAAAUCAUGGAAAGCAUUAUGGAAAUUCUAGUCAAGAUCAGCAAGUCACUGAAGAAAUCCCAUUAUGGUGGCCACCUGAAGAACACAAAGGAAUGCAGAAUGCAACCUUCAGCAAGGAUGAGAGUUCUGAAGAUGAUGAUGAUGGUGGUGGUGAUGAUGAUGGUGGUGAUGACGAAGAAGGGUCUGGGACUAUAAAUCCUGAAACAGUUCUUGAGUGGGACAACAGUGGUGAUAAGGAACUUCAGUCAUCAAAUACCACCGUGAACUCCAGCAAAGAUGUCAAACAAGAAGAAUCAGCCCACAAUGCAUUGCUACAUGCCGUACAUUUUGGAAGGGACAGUGAAGUCAGAUACUCAACAAAUGACACAAGAGACGAUGUGCUUUCUGGAAUUGUUCAUCUAGGUGAUGAUGAACAGUAUUCAACCACUACCGCUGUGUCCUCCAGUGAUGAUUUCUUCAAGCAGGAAGACUCAAAGCAGCCUCAACUGGAUGGUGCACCUCCUGAACUGGAAACUGAAGACGCAGUACCCACUGCAAUCAGCACUUCAGAUGUAUUACAUCCAGAAUUUCCCCCCUCUAAUGAAACAGAAAGUACUCUGGAAAAAGAAUCUUUUCAUCAUCCAGUUAUAUUCUUCAACGGAAGUGUUGAACAUGAAGAAGGACAUCAACACCAGUCAUCAGCUGUUGAUAAAGUUGCACAAAGGAAUCAAAGUUCUAUCACAAACAGGACAAUCCAUGGUGUCCUACAAGUACUUAUGCCUCCAAGGGAGAGCUAUCAUGAAAAUGCAUCUUCUCAGUCAGCUCAGACUACUCAUGAUGGAUCCAAACAUGAGGAUACAUCCCAGGAUUUACUACCAUCUGAUGAUCAUCCCGUAGGGAAUGCUGAAAAGUUUUAUCCAACAAAUAACACUCUGGAUGUUCUACAUAAUUUUACAUCUCCAACAGUAGUUUCCAGUGUUAGCACUGACUCUGAAGUUCCUACUCGUGAUUCAAUGUUGAACCUAGAGAAUAGUGAAGAAAAAUAUCACACAAAGACAUCUAGAGAUCAUUUGCUGCCUGGAAUUCUUCAUCCAACUGCAACAGCUGUAGCCACUAAGGAAAAAGGCAAAGACAACGAAUCCACACAAAAGCCAUUUUAUGACAUCCAUCCAGGACAGGAUAAUGAAGAUGAUCUCCCUGAAAACAAAACUAGGGAUGAUGUUCAGUCUGAAAUUAUUCAGAUUGAAAGAGAGACUGAAUUGGAAACAUCUCAGACAGCUGUGAUUUCCACUGAAGCUGCUGAUUAUGAGGAUUCCACCCAAGAUUCAUUGAUCAAGGAACAACAUCCUGACUUCAGUGAAGAAAGUCAUCCUGCAAAUUCAUCAAUAAAUGAUUUGAUACCUGGAAUUAGUAAUCCCACAGGCAAUGUGCAUGAAAAUAAAACAUCACUUACAGUUGUCAUUGUCAAGGAUCAUGAAGACUCAGCUCAGCAACCAUUGCCUCCUGUUCACCACCCAGACUGGGUCAGUGAAGAAAAACCUACUAAUACUUCUAGAAAUGACAUGGAAAUCAGUAAACAGCAUGAAAAUGAACAUGAAGCCGUAGAUGUGGUCUAUGAUGGGACCAAAGAAGAUUCAACCCCAGAACCAGUGAGGCAAUGGGGUAGUGAAGACAAAUAUACUACAAAAGCCACAAUGGAUGUCUUAUUUUCCGGAAUUGUUCCUCAAGGAGGAAUAAAUCAAAAAAAUAAAACUGAUCAUACAGUUGUGGCCUCCAGUGAUGGAGACAGAAAUGAAGAAGCAGAACUUGGUCCACAGUGGCAUCCUACAUGGACCAAUGAAGUUGAAAAUCUUGUAAAUAACAGUCAGGAUGCUAUAAUCAGACAUCCACCUUCUGCUGACAAUAAACGCUUCAGUGGAGCGGGAGACAAAAAUGCGACACCUUUCCCAGGAGCAAAUAAUCAGCCACGAGCGGCUCAUGUACCAGAUUGGCUUAUUGUAGUUGCUUCUCUUUUGGCCCUGGCAUUGAUACUUGGUGUUUGCAUUGCUGUAAACAGUCGAAGGAGAUGUGGGCAGAAGAAGAAGCUUGUGAUCAACAAUGGUAAAGGAGGCAUAGAUGAGAAAAAGAAAGGUGGAUUAAAUGGGGAAGCCAGCAAAUCUCAGGAAAUGGUGCACUUAGUACACAAAGAGAAGCCAGAAGACCAAAAAGGCCCACAUGACGAAUUCCUGGCAAUUGAUGAAACGCAGAACCAACAAGAUGUGGCCUUGAAGAGUGGCAUGUAGGAGGGCUGUGCCAAUCAAAUUAAAUCAGAGUUGGGGAAACAAAAAGCAUCAUACAGAACUGGGACUAGAACUCAGAAAUGCAAUGAGCUACUGAUCUCUUUAAAGCAUAAUUAAGCAUACAUUUUCUUGUUUUUUCUUUUGUAACAGUCAGCUACAAAAAUAACGUCAUUUUUGGUUUUGCCCAACAUUGCAUAAUUUUGCCCAGUUUUAAUUAGUGUCCAUCAUGUUAUCACUGUCACUUGUUUCCCAAUUGCAAUCUGUUUGGUAAGGCAGAAUGCCAACUUCGAUUUACUUUGCCUGACCUACAGAAUUUUCACUUACUGUAUUUUUGUGGAAUUUCCAGAAUCUGUAGCAAUUAAGGCAUUAUGGCAAAAAGUAUACCCAACAAAUUCAAAAUGACAGGCUACUUUUGAGAUUUGACAUGUAGAUUUUGGAAUUGAAUUUCUAUUGGUCACUUAGCCCUGAAGAAAUUGUCAGAUUUAUUAAAUCUCAUUAAUGUUUUAAUAUUUUGGAAUUACAUACUGUAAUAGUUGAAUAUGAAAAGUAUGUUUUUAAACAUUCCACAGAUGUCCACCAUGUUAAAAAUACACCAGUAAAGGAUGGAAAGACCAAAAAAAAAUUGAUUUAUAGCAAAUAAAUUUUUAUUCUCUAUAAUCUAAA